AUGAAAACAUAAAUCCUAAAAAAUUCAUUCGGAUAUAAUUAUUAAUUUUUUGGAUAAAUCAACAAAAUCUUUUAAAUCUUUUUCAUGGUUAAUUACUACUAUACCCUUCUUAUGUAGAUUACUUUAUGUUAAAUAUCCUCAUCUUUUUGUCUCGUUUUCCUAUAUUAUUACAAUCCCUACAAUUUCAAGAAGGAAUAUGUAAUGGCCUUAAUAUCAAAUUUUUUUUUAAGUUCUAUUAUAUUAAUAACUAUUUCAUUUGCAUUUAGUGAUAAAAUAAUUUUAGAGUUUUUUAUUCCUUUCUUCCUAAUAGCAAUAUUAAUUGAGUUUUUUUGUUCUGGCUUUUGGAAUACUUAUGUAUAUUUUCAAAAUUGA